CAUGUCACAAAUUUGUAUUGUUUUCAACAUCUUUUUCUUGUGUGACUUUGGAUGCAUUCCAAACAUAUUGCGCAGAGUUCAUGUUUUGUCUCCAAAAAUAAAGAAAUUUUUUUUUUCAAAACAUGGAAAGACUAAUCAGUCCUACUUCUUGUAACUUCAGCCACUGCUUCAAAUGGAGGGACCGCAGAAAGAUUUGGUUAGGGAGACUACUGAUGGUGAUCUAGCAGCUGCAACAAAUAUGAGAGUUGCAAAGGUGAAAAGAAACAUAAGGCGGUCGAGUUGCAAGAAACAAGCUAAUCAAGGUCCUGGAUCACUGUACUGGAGACAGACACAUUAGCCUGCUGUACUGCAAUCUCUUGGAUGCAUAACACAAACUGCAAUGCCUGUUUAUGAAACCAAAGAGGGGGAAAUUGUGGGUUUUAUAACAAGUAAAAUAUUAGAGUGUGGCAGCGAACUAAAACCUCUUAGGAAAAACAAAGUGAACUUUGUUUAUUGAAGUUUUGCAUCGCAGUUAUUUGGUAUUAAAACCUUGGUGAAAAGCUUUUUACCUAUUAAAGAUGCUCAUCUGUGGUCGGGGAUGGAAACCCUUUUGGAAAUCCUAAAAAACAUGCUUUCUUUUGGAGACAUUUCAAAGGUUGUAAAAUCAAGAAGGAUCGACAUGAUAGAAGGGUUGGAAACUGUGGCUAACCUCAAUAUACCUAAGGAUCUUUCAAGUCAAGAAGCAAAUGAGUAUCUACAAGAUGCAUGCGCAAGAUUUGAUGUCAAGUGUCCCCCUCCUCAAACUACAACGCGGCUGUUAGACAAGUUGGUGGGGCUUUUCUUGGAGGAGACAUGCGUAAAUCCUACUUUUAUCAUAAAUCAUCCAGAGAUAAUUAGCCCAUUGGCUAAGUGGCACAGAUUGAAACCCUGCUUGACAAAGCAUUUUGAACUCUUCGUAAACAAGCACAAGGGCUCAAAAGAAGGUUGAACAAGAGCAGAUACUAAGUAGCCAAUUCAAGGCAAGGCAUAGCCAUUAGUUGGAAGUUCCAGGUAAUUUCUUUUGUAUGGGUCCUAGUUUAGGAGGGGGGAGUGUUUAGUUAGGAGGGUUAAAGUCAAUUUUUGUUGGAGUGGGCCACUUGGGUCAUUUCCUCUUUUAUUGAAUUGAGUUGUUACCAAUUUUGUGAAUAGGAUUCUUAUCAAACAAUAGUGUGAAUUAUUUUUUGAAUGACUAUCAGGUGCAAGAUUAAAAUAAUAAUAAUAAUAAUAAUAAUGUAUCAAUAAUUU